AAUAUCAGUCUUAAGCAGAAGCUCGUGCCAUAUACAACGUUGUAAAAUAAGCGCUUGAAGAAAAAAAGGAUUUUAUUAAGGAUAUAGAAAAUGGCUAAAAUUAUUUUAAGUGCUAUGGUGUGUUUGGCCAUGUUUGGCUCUAUGGCAUAUGCUGCGGGUGGUUGUUCUUCACCCAAUGGCACCGCUCCUGUAUCGGGCUCUUGCGAUGCCUAUAUUCAAUGCACAAAUGGUGUAGCUGAAGAAAAACUCUGCCCAGAUGGUUUGUUGUACAAUGAGAAAUCCACCGGUUAUCCUUGCGGCUAUCCCAUUGAGGUUGAGUGUAGCCAACCAACGGCACGCCUACAAGAAGCCCAAGCCACCGAAGAGUGUCCCCAUCAAUUUGGCUACUAUCAAAUGGGUGAUUCCAAGAAUUGUGGUCAAUUCAAAAAUUGUGCGUCCGGACGUGGUUACAUUUUCGAUUGCCCCGAUGGUUUGGCUUGGAAUCCCGAAACCUACAAAUGCGAUUGGCCCGAUCUAGUUGAGGCUUGUGAUGCUGAAGCCUACUUGGGAUUCAAAUGUCCACCACUACCGGCCCGUUCAGAUUUGUUGGGUGAACCAGAGCAGGAAUAUUUCUUCUAUCCCUCUCCCCAAAAUUGCCAACAAUAUUUCUUGUGUGUUGAAGGACGUCCCAGACGUAUAUCAUGUGACGGUGAUAUGGCCUUCAAUGAGGAAUUGAAACAAUGUGAUGACAUUGACAAUGUACCCAAUUGUAGUCCUGAGAUUAAGCAAAAGGGAGCAGAGAUUAAAAAUGCUCGUUUAGCUGCAGCCAAGUCUAAGCCUCGUUCAUAAAGCGCUAGAAGAUGAAGAAAAGAGAAGAGCAGAACAUAUUUUUGUUACAUUUAUUUUGUAUGACUUUUUCUAGUCCAUAGUGAAAAUUUUAAUAAUGCAAACAGAGCAACACACUCACACACACACACAUACAGAAUAUCUUACUUUUAUAAGCAUAAUUGGCCAUAUACAAAAGAAAUGCGCGUAAAUAAAUGACAAUGAUAACAAA